CCAUGAGUACAGACUCCCGGCUCGCUAAUUGGUCACUGACUGCACGUCAGGAAUUACGUAACGGAAACGGCUUGUCUGAAUACUGGUGGGAUUUUAAAUAUUUUUGGAAGGCGGCGGGAAAGUUGUGAGUCGUGGCAGUGGGUUAUAGUCGGAUAUAUUUGGCUGCAACAAUCAAUUUGAAUGAGUAACACAAGAAGUUCAUAAUUCCGGAGAAAGAAGCAGGCCAGGCAUGAGUGGUGCACACCUGGACGAGUGGCAGAGGAGGGCCUUUGAUAUUUCGUCUGGCACGUAUACACCCGAACAGACGGCCGACGCUUAUCGGGCGCACAUUUUAUCCAUUCAGUAUGCAUGGGCGAAUGCCGAGCUCUCUCCAGCCGGAGCUGCCAGUCUGUUCAGGACCUACACUGAGCGCUACGCUGCAGUCCUGGACUCAGAUGACCAGCGCACAGGGCUGAAUAACUAUGCCGACAGCGCCCUUCACCUGGCCCGCAAUCAGAAAAACCAUAGCGACAAAUGGGAGUCGUCGUUAGCAGUCGAAAAUGUGUUCAGCCUGCCGUGCGUGCAGAAGAUGAUGCAGAGUAGUGUCAGUGACAGAAGUGUCUCUGUAGACCCAGCAGAUGCUGACAUUAUUGUCGGCGGGGAAGUCAGUCGGAGUCAUGGAGAAGGUGUGAGUGAGUCUGGUGCUGCUGGGGGAUGUAAACCUGAGCACCCUUCACCCUGGCCUCUGCGUCAGAUGAGUGCUGUGGUAGACAAAACAGCAGGGAAUCUGGCCAGUAGACCUGCAGAGUGGAGCAGAAGCAAAGAAACUUCAACUCCUAAAGCCCAAAUGGGGGUUACUCCACUCUUGGUUCAUAAUGCGCGUAAUUCCCCUACCAACUUUGGCUCUUUUCCUCAUUCAGGUCUUGCUAGUACAAGCGUGUCCAGUGCAAACAAUUGCCAUUCUGUGUUCCACUCCUCCACCAAUCCCUCUAAGAGGAAGAACGUCUACAGUUCAGGAACUGAAAUCAACAGAAGUUCAUUCCUGCCACAGGGAAGUCAUGAAGGUGGAGCUACUGUUCGGAGAAGAGAGGAGUUUCCUGGCACUAACUUUAAAACAGCACGAGAGCAGCUUAUUGUUGACCAACAGAAGAAAAAUUUCAAUCAGGGCCAGCGAGGUCCUUCAGCUCCUGUUGGUUCCGUAACCAAAAAAUCCCUGGGGGCAAACAGGUCACGGGGGGCCUUCUCCAAAUUUGUCUCACCAAUACCUAGACAAGAGGAGGAAAACAACACUAGAGAUGAUCCAACACAAGACGCUCAGCCUGUCGAUGAGCGUCUAAAGAACUUUGAACCUAAAAUUAUUGAACUGAUUAUGAGUGAAAUUAUGGACCAUGGCCCACCUGUGGCUUGGGAGGAUAUAGCUGGGCUUGAGUUUGCCAAAGCUACUAUUAAAGAAAUUGUAGUGUGGCCCAUGCUCAGGCCUGACAUCUUUACAGGUCUCAGAGGUCCACCUAAAGGGAUUCUCUUGUUUGGUCCUCCAGGUACUGGGAAAACGCUCAUAGGGAAGUGCAUAGCCUGCCAGUCCGGUGCCACGUUUUUCAGCAUUAGUGCAUCAUCUCUUACCUCUAAGUGGGUGGGAGAAGGGGAGAAGAUGGUUCGAGCUCUGUUUGCUAUCGCUCGGUGCCAUCAGCCAGCGGUCAUUUUUAUUGACGAGAUUGACUCCCUGCUUUCUCAGCGCACGGAUGGAGAACAUGACUCCUCUCGCCGGAUCAAAACUGAGUUUCUUGUCCAGCUUGAUGGUGCUGCAACCUCUUCCGAGGAUCGAAUUUUAGUGGUUGGGGCCACGAAUCGGCCACAGGAGAUUGAUGAAGCAGCCCGACGUCGCCUUGCCAAGCGACUCUACAUCCCCCUUCCAGAGGCUGCCGCUCGUCAGCAGAUAGUGACCAAUCUAAUAUCACGGGAGAAGAGUCAGUUGGGAACCGACGAGCUUGAGGAAGUUGUGUCAAGCACAGAGGGUUUCUCCGGGGCUGACAUGACACAGCUGUGCCGGGAGGCAGCACUUGGCCCAAUCCGCAGCAUCCAGCUCAGUGACAUUGCCACAAUUACACCUGAGCAGGUUCGCCCUAUACUUUACUGUGACUUCAAGGAGGCUCUAAAGACUGUACGGCCCAGUGUGUCGACCAAAGAUCUGGAGCUCUAUGAAGACUGGAACAAAACUUUUGGCUGUGGUAGAUAAUCAUUAAGUCUUAACUUGUGGUUUGUUUUGUCAAUAUUUUUUCUUUUUUCUUUAUGUAUUUCUGUGUUUAAAAAUGAAUGUUUACAAACUUGAAACAAUGGUGCUGUUUGCGUUAAUGUUAAAAAUUCAACAGUCGACCAAAAGCAGUUUUGACUUUUGAUAUUUUAUACAAGUUCAUAGUUAGCAGUGCCAUGUUCAUUUGGGCCUGGAUUUUGAAAAAUGUUGAAAAAUAAAUAAAUAAAUAAAUAUGUUUUUUGUAUGGA